ACACCACCAAUUAUGGUAUCUUCGACCAGCAAGGAAGAGGAGAAGAAAGAACCUGAGGGGUUGGAAUCGAUAGAGAAGACUGAAGUAAAGCCGGAACCGAAACCUCAAGUUGGAGUGGUCAAACUGGAGAAGAAGCCUAAGGACCGCUCAUUAGGCUGCGGUCUUCUGAAUUGGAUCGACGAGAAUCCUCAUAUUGUGGCUGCUCUUUUCACAUCUAUGGAUUCCGGGCUCCAGGUUUUCCCUGGCAUCUUGUAA